AUGAUGUCAUUGAGCGUGUUGAGAAGUGACUCUUAUGUAGAGCUGAGGGAAUACCAAGACCAGCACUUCAGGGGCAACAGAUUUGAUCAGGAAAAGCUGCUAAAAAACGGUUUUACACUGUACGUUGGAAACCUGUCUUUUUAUACCACAGAAGAACAGAUCUAUGAACUCUUUAGCAAAAGUGGAGAUGUGAAGAAAAUCGUAAUGGAGCUUGAUAAAGUGAAGAAAACUGCAUGUGGAUUCUGUUUCGUGGAAUACUAUACAAGAGCAGAUGCAGAGCAAGCUAUGAGGUUUAUUAAUGGAACACGGCUAGAUGAUCGAAUCAUCAGGACUGACUGGGAUGCCGGCUUUAAGGAGGGCAGGCAAUACGGAAGAGGGAAAUCGGGUGGUCAGGUCAGAGAUGAAUAUCGUCAAGAUUAUAAUGCAGGAAGAGCUAGUUAUGUUAAAAUUGUACAAAACUUUUGAAGAACAAGAAAGUCUGAACUAGCG